GGUAUGUUUAUCGUGAGUUUUCCUUACGCUGUCCAGCAAGGCGGGUACUGGGCAAUCGUCGCCAUGGUAGCAGUCGCUUACAUCUGCUGCUACACAGGUAAGAUCCUGGUGCAAUGUCUCUACGAGGAGGAUGAACUCAACCGACGUCAACGCGUGCGCAGUAGUUACGUCGAGGUCGCAGAAGAGGUGAUGGGAAAAACGCUGGGCGGACGGGUCGUCAACUGUGCGCAGAUCAUCGAACUUCUGAUGACGUGUAUCUUGUACGUUUUACUUUGCGGGGAUCUGCUGGAUGGUAGCUUUCCUGGCUUGAUUAAUCUGUCUGCUUGGAUUGUACUGAGCACUUUCUUUCUCCUCCCAUGCGCGUUCUUGAAGACCCUGCGUAGCGUCUCUUGGCUCAGCUUUUGGUGCACUGUAGCCCACAUGGCCAUCAAUGCAAUCAUCAUUAUUUACUGUUUGACCAAAGCUACCGAAUGGAAAUUCGCUGAUGUUCAGAUUAAAAUAGACAUUUGGACAUUUCCAAUUUCUCUCGGGAUUAUUGUGUUUAGCUACACAUCGCAGAUUUUCCUGCCGACGUUAGAAGAAAAUUUGAUUGACAGAAAGAAGUUCAGUUGCAUGAUGCACGCGACCCACAUCGCCGCAGCCGUGUUCAAGGCCGUCUUUUCCUACAUUGGUUUCGUGACCUUUGGACACAACACCGAGGAAGUUAUCACCAACAAUCUCCCUACACAGACUCUCAAGAUCAUCGUCAAUGUUAUUCUGGUAGUCAAGGCUUUGCUGUCAUAUCCACUGCCGUACUUUGCAGCGGUUGAUCUGAUCGAGACGUCUUUCUUCCGAGGGCGUGGUGUUACCGUAUUCCCAGUUUGCUGGAACGAAGAAAAUGAACUGAAAAUUUGGGCAAUUCUGUUGCGUUUCGGACUGGUGCUCCUCACCAUGUGUCUUGCCAUAUGGAUCCCUUACUUCGCAAUUUUGAUGUCACUCAUCGGUAGCUUUACGGGGACAAUGCUGUCGUUCGUUUGGCCGUGUUUUUUCCAUUUGCGACUAAAGUGGUACAGGCUGCGGUGGUACGAGAAAGCGGCUGAUGUUGUGAUCAUUUUAAUAGGAUUUAUUUUCGGUGGCAUUGGCAUAUUUUACUCGGCGCAUGCGCUUUCCCGGGCGAUAAAGGGUCUCCCAGUAGAUCCACAAAACUCUCCAAUUCCGGUGGCGCCAAAGAUUGUAAAACCGCUACCAUAGUGUUCAGGUUUGAAAGUAUAACACGGUGUUGUUAUGUAUGUGUCUCCGUUGUCAUCAGAAUGUCCUGGGUUUUUUCUUCUAUACAUACAUGAGACCAUUCCGAUUUUUUAUAUUAAAAAUAUAUUAACUGUUAUUGU